AUGGCCUUGGAUAGUAGGCUAUGGAAGAAUAUUGUCAUAUGCCUCAAGGCUGCUGCUCCUCUCAUUACAGUCCUUCGCUUGGUUGAUUCAGAUGAAAAACCAGCCAUGAGUUUCAUCUUUGAAGGCAUGAGAAAAUCCAAAGAAACAAUUAAGACUAACUUCGGUUGUGUUAAAAAGAGUUAUGAACCUAUAUGGAAAAUUAUUGAUGGAAGCUGGAAAAGCCAACUGCAUAGACCAUUGCAUGCAGCUGCGUAUUAUCUUAAUCCUCAUUAUCACUAUGAACCAAAUUUCAUGGUUGAUGAUGCUGACAUUAAGAUUGCUAGAGGCCUCUUUGGUAAUGAAACUGCAAAGAGUAGUAGGAAGACCAUGCUACCUGCUGAGUGGUGGGACUUCUAUGGAGAUAGUUGUCCAGAACUAAAGAAGUUUGCUAUCCGAGUUCCAAGCUUAACUUGUAGUUCAUUUGGUUGUGAGAGUAAUUGGAGUGCAUUUGAAAUGGUUCAUACAAAGAGAAGAAAUUGGUUGCAUAAAAAAAUGAAUGUUUUAGUGUAUGUGAUGUAUAAUUUGAAGUUAAAGGGCAAGCAAAUUAGAAAAACUCCAGAACUUGAAUUUGAUGCAGUGCAUUCUGAUGAUGAAUGGAUAACUGAGGAUGCUAAUGAAAAUAUUGCUGAAAGUGUUGAGUAUUCUCACUUGCCAACGAAUGACAAUACUAAUGAUGAUCCAAAUAGUAAUGAAUUUGCUAUUCUAGGUAUGAACAGUAAUGAAUUCAACAUGGGUGAGGGAGAUGGUAAAGAUGAUGAUGUUGAUGCCAUGAAAGAUGAAGAUAUUGGAGGAUUUGAGUUUUAG